AGCUUUUUUUACGGAAAGACCAAUAACGGGACAGACGCUUCAUAUAUACAUAUAGUCAUUGGACAGACGAUAGCAAGAAUAACACUGCUGUAUUUUGACAGAAAUAAAAGUACUGUUGCGACGCAUUCUGCAUUAGUUCAUUCUGUCAAAUUGGAUCUGAGGGAGAAGAAGAAAAACAUGUUCUACACAUGUGGUCCAAAUGAGGCUAUGGUGGUGUCAGGGUUCUGCCGUUCUCCUCCAGUAAUGAUUGCUGGAGGCAGAGUGUUUGUGCUUCCCUGUGUUCAGCAGAUCCAGAGGAUCUCCCUGAACACUCUGACGCUGAACGUGAAGAGUGAUAAAGUCUACACCCGCCAUGGGGUUCCCAUCUCAGUCACUGGUAUUGCCCAGAUGAAGAUCCAGGGGCAGAACAAGCAGAUGCUGGCCGCAGCCUGUCAGAUGUUCAUGGGGAAGUCAGAGGGCGAGAUCGCCCAAAUAGCCCUGGAGACACUGGAGGGUCACCAGAGGGCCAUCAUUGCCCACCUGACUGUGGAGGAGAUCUAUAGGGACCGUAAGAAGUUCUCGGAGGAGGUGUUCAAGGUGGCCUCGUCCGACCUGGUCAACAUGGGCAUCAGCGUGGUCAGCUACACGCUCAAAGACGUUCACGACGACCAGGACUACCUCCACUCCCUGGGGAAGUCCAGGACCGCCCAGGUGCAGAAAGACGCCCGCAUCGGAGAGGCCCAGUUCAAGAGGGAUGCUGUGAUCAGGGAGGCCCAUGCCAUGCAGGAGAAGAUCUCAGCCCAGUAUGUCAAUGAGAUCCAGAUGGCUAAGGCUCAGAGGGACUAUGAGCUGAAGAAAGCAUCCUAUGACAUCGAGGUCAACACCAAGAAGGCAGAGUCUGAGAUGGCCUACCAGUUACAGGUGGCCAAGACCAAGCAGCGCAUUGAGGAGGAGAAGAUGCAGGUCCAGGUGGUGGAGCGCUCUCAGCAGAUCAUGCUCCAGGAGCAGGAGAUCACCCGCAAGGAGAAGGAGCUGGAGGCAAAGGUCAAGAAGCCUGCUGAGGCAGAGAGAUACCGCCUGGAGAAGCUGGCCGAGGCCCAGCGUGCACAGCUCAUCAUGGAGGCAGAGGCUGAGGCAGAGUCCAUUAGGAUUAAGGGAGAUGCGGAGGCCUUUGCUGUGGAGGCGAAGGGGAGAGCCGAGGCGGAGCAGAUGGCCAAGAAGGCUGAAGCCUUCCAGCAGUACAAGGAGGGAGCCAUGGUGGACAUGUUGCUGGAGCAACUACCACUGAUGGCGGAAGAGAUCAGCAGGCCUCUGGCGCAGGCUCAGAAGAUCACCAUGAUUUCCAGCGGCGGCGCCGAGGUGGGCGUGGCCAAGCUCACAGGGGAGGUGCUAGACAUCAUGACCCGCCUUCCAGCGGCUGUGGAGAAACUGACCGGAGUCAACAUCUCACAGGUGACAACUCGUGUGGGCUGAGGAGAGGCUCCGGUGCUCAGGCAGACCUAUCAUCACACCCCUGCCUGGCUCAGGCAGACCGGUCAUACCCCUGCCUGGCUGUAGUGUCUGCAUAUUUGUCUACUAUCACAGCCUCUCCUCAAGUAUGUUAUUACCAACAACUUCUAUCAAUCCCCCCUUCUUUCCAUGUGUCUUAAUAUCGCUUUCUCUGCAUAUCUCACCUUUCACCUCUAACCCGUUUUCUAUUGGAAUGCCUUGUCACUCUGUGUGUAUAUUUGGCCCUUGAUUCCCUCCUUUAUAACUGCCUGUGUCCACUGCCUUGCUGCCAAACCCUAAGUGCAUCUUAACUGGCGAGUUCAAUGCAAACGCGCAAUCAACCUCCAGUCAGUAUUCUCAUUCGCAGCAUUCAGUCUUAUUCAUCAGAAGCAAAGGUGUCCUGACCAAAUCCGUGUUUCAUUGUUUUUAAUAUUACUGGUUGUCGUUUUAGUCUGACAAAAUGUAUUUGGUUAAGAGAAAACGUCAUGGCUCUGUUGAUACUAAGUUUAAGUAACAAUGAAUGUAAAAAAUAUUAACCAUUCAAAGUAUCCAAUAUUCUAAUCUAUACCUGCAAAGGCUCUUGGGAGUAGUGUGAAUAGGCCAGGCAACUCAGUAUAUUAUUAUUUUCUAUGGAUUUCUAUCUGCAAAAUGUGUGCUUUCCCAUUGAUGUGUGUCUACUUUCACUGUUACGACACGUAACUGGCGUGUUUUUGAAGAUGUUUUCAUUGUAUUUUCUGCGUCUCUCACACUGAAUUAUCCUAUUUAAUCAAUAGUCAUUAGAAAGGACCUUUUAGUCAAGAUUAUGUAGCAGUUCUCACAAAUGUGACUUGCAUUACUUUAGUCCAGAGUGCUAGGGGACUGGUUUACUACUCGGUUAUAGCUGUCAAAAUGGUAAUAUGAUGUUAUAAUCAUGGAAUUAUUGCACUGCCUAACACGACAUAAUGUCAAGCUGUACUAUUUAUGUUCAUUGAGAUGUACUGUUAGCAUUGAAGCUACGUUAUUGUUAAGGUGGUCCUCAGAGCAACUGGAAUAGUAGCUGUGAAAAUUAAUAAUAAAGGGAGGAAUUUUCUGUUAGAAAAAUGUUGAUUGUCAUCAGAAGUAGAAAGAGAGGAGGUGUCAUGUAAAAAUAAUUAAUUCUGAAAGCAGGUUUUUUCUCUUUUUGAGAACCUUUUGCAGCCCAAACUAAAGCUAGCUGUGUCGUAUUGUACUAGUAAUGAACAUAACUACUAAUGGACAUCAUAGCACGACAUACAAGUAUUGAGUACAUGGCACAUACACUGAGUAUACACCCACUUCUGCCCUCAGAACAGUCUCAAUUCAUCGGGGAAUGGACUCUACGAGUUGUU